UGAGUACAAGGAACUUCAGUUGUCACUGGACCAGGUUACCAUUUCCAAGUCUCAGUUUUCGUGCAGAAACUCAGUACCUACCUCGCAGGAAACAAGGAAAAUAGUAAAACCCAAAAGUAAUAAAAUGAAGGCAAAACUCAGAACAACGCCUUACCCUCCACAGCAAUACAGCUCGUUCCAAGCAGACAAACUGGAAUGCAGCCAGGUGGGGAGCUGGCGCUCCAGCCCCGCCGCCAGCGCCGCCGCCCUUCAGGAACAGAACUUCCAUUCAGAGAGCAGCGAGCUCCUGUACGCCCCUCCCUACAGCCUGCCCUUCUCCUACCACUAUGGACACUUCCCUGUGGAUUCCCACGUCUUCGGUGGCAAGAAGCAAAUGCUGCCUGCAAAAUUCGGGCAGGCCCAAGGCGCCCCCUGCGAGGUGGCGCGGUUCUUCCUGGGCGCGCUGCAGACCAACGGCGAGUGCCAGUGGCACUACGCCAACUCCCUGGUUCCCAGCAGCCAGUCACCCUCCAAAAGCCUCCCUGAGCAGCCAGUGAACAUCAUCAGGCACAACCUUGCACAGAGUUACGAAGUCCCGCUGUCCCACAGGAGGUACAACCAGGACGCUCUGCCCGACGCCUUCCCCAGCUGCACGGCGCCCGUGCCAGGCAGGUACAAAGAGGAGCUCUACGACUCUGGCAUCCUGAAACACAACAAAACGGAGCCCAGGCUGCAGCCCCACGCCCACCUCAUCAAAGAGGAGAACAAGCUGGCUUUCAACAGAGACCUGCCGGAAAAAAUGGGCCUCAACGAGGGCUCCUUCUCCAACUCCUUGCUGCCCAAAUCCGAGUGCUGCCAGGCCAAAGCCGUGGGACAGCUGAGCCACCUGCUGCCCGUGCCCUCGGUCUACGAGCAGAGCAGGAGGAUCUGCGUCAAAGAGCCCAAAUUCGGGCACGUCGGGCACCCCGCGGGCGGCCUGGAGGAGCCGGACGGCGGCGAGAGGAUGAGCGCCAAGCUGGACCACGAGGCCGAGGGCGAGCGGCUGAUGGACGUGAGGCCCUCGGGGCAAGUCCCCUUCGUGCUCCUCAACUACCACCACGUGCUGGCCAAGCACGGAGCUUUCCAAGCCUCCCCCUGCGCGGCCACGGGACACGGGGGAGAGAAUUACCCCUACGGCUCCGAGGAGGUCAACGCCUUCAUUUACAAAAACCAAAGCCCCUCCUCGGCCUCCUCUCCGGAAACUCACAAGGAAUCCGCACUGCCCCACUACAUCGGGACUUCUGUCAUCAUCGCCAACGGCAGGUGACGGCAGCACGGGAGGAGCUCUGAGUUUGAUUAAGUAGCCAAAUGGAUGAUUUGCAAAAAAAAAAAAAAAAAAAAAUAUAGAAAAACAUAAAAAAAACCAAACAAAACAAA